CCUGACCUAGACGGGUGCGUGAUCCACUCUCCCAGUUUCCCCUGUCCACGAGCCGAAACCCCAGCCACCAUCUCGUUCUCAUCUCUCUGUUCCACUGAAAUUCCCGGGGAACAAACACUCACUUCCCAAGGAUAAAUCCUUGGGAUUGAUUUACACGCUAGUGGCUGUGCCGCGACGUGCGGCGAGAGACAUGUCUGUGCAGUGCACCGCAAACUUACUCCGGGCUCUUGCUGCCCUCCCGGCGCCAUUCCCCUCUCGCCGCUUGGCGAGAAAUGAAUUCCUUGUACCAUGCCGCCCGAGUCGCACCGGUGCGCUGGUCCGAGCUGCGGAUUCUUCGCCUCCUGCCGCACCCGCGUCAUCGUCCGGAGCAGCCGACGACAAGGCCGUCAUCCCCGACGAUGAGUUCACCCUCGCCAAGGUGUCUUUUGGUGUGAUUGGACUAGGGAUAGGUGGCUCCCUCUUGUCGUAUGGAUUUGGGGCGUAUUUCAAUCUUCUCCCUGGUUCGGAGUGGUCUGCUCUGAUGCUAACCUAUGGAUUUCCUCUCACAAUCAUAGGCAUGGCCUUAAAGUAUGCUGAACUGAAACCAGUGCCCUGCAUAACCUACUCUGAUGCUUUCGCUCUAAGAGAGAAGUGUGCUACCCCUAUCCUCAAGCAGGUCAGGAGUGAUGUUACACGUUAUAGAUAUGGUGAUGAGCAGCAUCUCGAUGAAGCUCUAAAGCGGAUCUUUCAAUAUGGUUUGGGUGGCGGCAUUCCAAGACGUAGUGCACCUAUAUUACAAAAGAUUCAAGAAGUAACUGAUGAUGGGAAAUACUGUUUAGUACUGGAAUUCGAAGCCAAAUCGUUGGAGCUAUCAGAUUUUGAGAAGAGGCAGCCCAAUCUUCAUCGGAUUGCCCCCCAAUACUUUGAGACGCUUUCGGCAAUGGUGUGUUGCCGAAUUUCUGUAAUUGUGCAGGGGCAACAUGAUAUGCUACGUUACUAGGCAAAAUUCACCUCCUUUUUCGGUCCUGGAAUUAAGGCUGAAAUUGGAAAAGGUGGUGACGAUCUAUAUGAAGUGCGUCUUAUCUCGGAGACCACAGAGGAAGAGUGACAGCGUUUGCAAUCCUAUUCUCUGCUAAUAUACAACAAAAUGAUAUUUAUUUCUUUUCCCCACUAAUUAUUAUAUAUAUAUAUAUAUGUAUAUAUAUAUAUUAUAUCUAAGAUAUUUUCCCCAGUGGUAGUUACCCUAUAUGUCUCAUAUACUAUCAUGUGGUACUAUAUAUACUACUUUAUCAUUUUAAAUAUAUUUAUUUAUUAUA